AUGGUCCCGGCUCGGCGUGGGGGCCCCUCCAGCUCUGCACUCAUGGUCAGCGCCCUGGAAACCGAAUCUGGAGCUCUCUGCCCACACUUGCGUGCCGGCUUCCAGGGGAAGACUCAGGAGACCUCGGAGCGGGAGGAGGGGCCGGAGCCCGCCCCGGCCUCGCUGACGUUCCGGGGUCGGGGCGUGUCCUGGUUCCUCUUGCCCACCAGCGAAAGAGCCUUUUGUGUGGAGAGGAGCUUGAGAGUUGGGGAGCCUCACGGCGACACCCUUGGGUUUGAUGCCCUGCCCAAGGCUGUCAUUGCCAUUGUCUUGGAGCUGUUCCUAGACCAUGGAUUUAACCUGUGCUUCCCCAUCGUUGGUACAGAAUCUGUGAUGUUUGAGGAUGUGGCUGUGGACUUCACUCUGGAGGAGUGGGCUUUGCUGGAUCCUGCUCAGAGGAAGCUCUACAGAGACAUGAGGCACAUUGCAAGUCACUCUGGACACAAGCCAUAUCAAUGUUCAGAUUGUGGGAAGGGCUUUGAUUUUCCAUCAGAACUAAGAAGGCAUUCCCUUCGAAGGCAUGAAAGGACUCACAGCAAAGAGAAACUCUAUGAAUGCAGGCAGUGUGGGAAAGGCUUUAAUCAACUCUUCUACCUUCGAAGGCAUGUGAGAAUGCAUAGUGGAGAGAAACCUUACAGAUGUACAGAAUGUGGGAAAGCCUUCAAGAGUCCCUCAUCUUUGCCAAUACAUAAAAGAACACACACAGGAGAGAAACCGUAUGAAUCGAAGAGGACGCUGGGUGGUCUCCAGAAGCCGGGAAAUGGUGAGCUUGGAGUAGAGUCUCCUGAGAUAGGGGCGAGGGAAGGGCCCGGUUCGAGCCGGCUGGAACUGGCCGUGUGCGCGGCCCCAGGCCCUUUGCCUGCACUCUGGGAUCUCCCGACCGGAGACCGUUGA